AUGGCGACGGCGGCGGGAGAAGGCGGCGGCGGCGAAGGGGGCGCGGGCCUGGGCGGCGCGUCGGGGCUGGGGUCGGAAACCGGGCCGCGCGGGCCGGGCUGCUCCGCCGAAGCGCGCGAGGGCGCCCGGGGCCCCGCGUCCGCCGCGCUGGACCCUGAGGAGGUCGCCGUGCGGCUGCAGCGGAUGCGGCGGGAGCUGAACAACCGUAGGAAAAUCCUGGUGAAAAACCUGCCCCAAGACAGCAACUGCCAGGAAGUUCAUGAUUUGUUACGAGACUAUGAGUUAAAGUAUUGUUAUGUGGACAGAAAUAAACGAACAGCUUUUGUUACCUUAUUGAAUGGGGAACAAGCCCAGAAUGCAAUUCAGAUGUUUCAUCAAUACUUCUUUCGAGGAAAAGAUUUAAUAGUUCAGCUUCAGCCUACAGAUGCUCUGCUGUGUAUUACAAACCUGCCCGUUUCUUUUACAUUAGAGGAUUUCGAAGAACUUGUUCGUGCUUAUGGAAAUAUCGAAAGGUGUUUUCUAGUCUACAGUGAAGUUACUGGCCAUUCCAAGGGCUAUGGAUUUGUGGAAUACAUGAAAAAGGACUUUGCUGCAAAGGCCAGAUUGGAGCUAUUGGGUAAACAGUUGGGAACAUCAGCUCUCUUUGCACAGUGGAUGGAUGUUAAUCUCUUGGCCUCAGAGCUCAUUCAUUCUAAGUGCCUUUGUAUAGAUAAACUCCCUAGUGACUACAGGGAUUCAGAGGAGCUGUUGCACUUUUUUUCCAGUAUCCAUAAACCUGUGUUUUGCCAGCUUGCACAGGAUGAAGGUAGUUACGUUGGUGGCUUUGCAGUGGUUGAGUAUACCACAGCAGAGCACGCUGAAGAGGUCCAGCAAGCAGCUGAUGGCAUGACCAUCAAGGGAAGCAAAGUCCAGGUUUCCUUCUGUGCCCCAGGAGCGCCAGGGCGAAGCACAUUGGCAGCAUUGAUAGCAGCUCAACGUGUGAUGCACAGUAGUCAAAAGGGCCUACUUCCAGAGCCAAAUCCAGUGCAAAUUAUGAAAAGUUUAAACAACCCUGCCAUGUUACAAGUUCUUCUACAACCCCAGCUAUGUGGACGAGCUGUUAAACCAGCAGUUCUUGGAACACCUCCCAGCUUGCCACAUCUGAUGAAUCCAUCCAUCUCCCCUGCAUUUUUACAUUUGAACAAAGCACAUCAGAGCUCAGCCAUGGGUAAUACUUCUAAUUUAUUCCUUCAGAAUCUUUCUCAUGUACCAUUGGCACAACAACAAUUAAUGAAGUUUGAGAAUGUCCAUACUAAUAAUAAACCCGGUUUACUUGGAGAACCACCAGCUAUGGUACUUCAAACAGCACUAGGGGUAGGGUCGGCGCUUCCAUUUAAAACGGAAUUGGGGCACCAUGGAGAAGCACAUAAAACAUCUAACCUGAUUCCAACUCAAACAACUGUAACAGCUGGAAUGGGAAUGUUACCAUUCUUUCCAAAUCAGCUUAUUGUUGGACAAGCUGGGCCAGGGCACACCAAUACUCAGGAGAAACAGCCAGCCACGGUGGGAAUGGCAGAAGGUACUUUCUCAGGGUCGCAGGCUUAUCUUCAGAGCUUUCCAAAUCUUACUGCUGGAGGCUUGCUGACUGGACACCAUAAGCAGCAGCAAGGUCAACCAAAAGGCACAGAAAUAAGUUCAGGGGCUGCCUCUAAGAAUCAGACUUCACUCUUAGGAGAACCACCAAAAGAAAUUCGGCUUAGUAAAAAUCCAUACUUGAACCUGGCGAGUGUGCUGCCCAGUGUGUGCUUAUCAUCCCCUGCAAAUAAAACCGCUCUACAGAAGACGGGAAUUGCAAGCAACAUUCUGGAGGCGAUCUCUCAGGGAAAUGAAUCACAACACGCGUUGGAAAAGUGCAUUGCUUAUUCUCAACCUUUUGGUGACUAUGCACAGGUGUCAUCUUUAAGAAAUGAAAAGCGAGGCUCAUCCUAUCUUAUCUCCGCCCCGGAAGGCGGUUCUGUGGAAUUUGCUGACCAGCAUUCUCAGGGUGCAGGAGCCUAUUAUGUGGAAACCUACUUAAAGAAGAAGCGAGUGUACUGAGUGAAGCUCUCCCUCUAACCUCAUGUGGUCCCUUGCAGCACCUCUGCUGUUCAUUGCUGCCUUAACUUCAUUCAAACUAGCCAUAUCCUUGAAAUACGGGUUUAUACCUUCCCAGAAGGAACUGUGUUGUGCAGCAGGCAGAACUGCCAAAUGAAAAAUAAGUAGCAGUAAGAAGAGACAUCCAUUGAGAACGUUUUCCACUAGAAUUAAACACAUUCAAUGUGAUAGUAACUUACAGUCCACUGGAGAAAUUAACAAUGUUUCAGUAUUCCUAGUUUUAAGGCUGGGAAUCAAUUUUGACACCAUAUAUAAAAGUUUGAAGCAAUAAACAGGAAACGGCCUUGUUUCCUGAGCCUUAGAAGAAUGAGUUUCUUAUAAGCCAAUGUGCAUUUCAAUUUGCUCUCCCCAGAAGUAAUCUCAUUUAUAGAUUUUUAGAACUUUCCCUAGAACUACAAAAGUCCAAGUACCAAAUGCAGUGACGGUGAUGUCACAAAGAUGCUCUUUGUGCAAACUACACUACUACCCACACGCCAGCCAUGCGAUACAAAACCCCAACACAGGCUGGCAGUGAUGUCCAAGGUACACACCACUCAACAGCUGUUUUACUGUUGAUUUAUUAUCUAGCAUUUAUACCUUUGGAGAAAAACAGAUAUUUUAAGGAAAGUAGUUUUGAGAUCUAAUACAGGAGUUGGCAAACUAUGCCCUGCAGGCCAAAUUCAGCCUGCCACCUGUUUUUGUACUGCCGGUGAGCUAAGAAUGAUGUUUACAUUUUUAAAUGGUUAGAGAAAAAAAGAAUAUUAAUUUAUGGUAUGUGAAAAUUAUAUGGAAUUCAAAUGUCAGCGUCCAUAAAUAAAAUUUCAUUGGGACACAGCCACGGUUAUCCACGUACAUAUCAUCUAUGGCUACUUCUGGGCUACAAAGGCAGAGUUCAGUAGUUGCGACAGAGACCAAAUGGCCUAGAAAGCCUAAAAUAUUUACUGUCUGGUCCUUUAGAGAAAGUUCGUGACCUCUCAUCUAAUAGCACUAAUUCUGUAUUCCUUUUACUUCACCUGAAGACAGACCCUUAACUUUGCAACAGACUUGUAAGUGGCAAGGAUUGCACGUUUCUGUGCCCCAUUUCACAGUAUAGACUAGCAAUGACCUAGAUGCUAGAACAGGGCCUGGUUUGAUCAGCACGUGCCCUGUUUGCACAAUAAAGUGAAGCAGUCAAUACUGCCCUUUCUGAAGGAGUCUUACAGAGCAACAGUAUUUAUAACUAUUUUGAGCUGAUAAGCUAUACCUCACUCUGUGCUUUGUCUUAUUCUUUUGUAGGUAUGUUAGGCUGAAAAAUUACCAGCUAUUCAACCCAAUUUAUAUCUGAAAGAAUUGUCAGUCCUUAUUGCAUCACCAUUUUCUGAAGCCCUCGGUAUUAAAUGCAUGAGAAACCCUUUGCCAUCUAGAAAUUUCUAAGUUUAUUGUUAUGAGACUGUAAUUGAUGAUAUGGAAUUUGGGGUCUGAAUGAUCCUAGCCUUUUUGAAAUCAGAGCAUUACACAUCUUGUCAUUUGGGGGAUUUAUUAUUUUGACUAUUGAUUUCAAAUAUCUAUCCUUGAAUUAUGAAGUCUAGAAUCGAUACAUAUGUUGUAUCCUUUGUAAAGAAUUUUACUUGGUAUAACUGAUUGUACACACUAACUUCUGUUGGAAAAUGACACCUAGAAAAUUAAACUAAUUUCUCAGAGGUAUACUACCUAUAAAUAGCUGAUCACCAUCAGGCAUCGCUCAGUUAUGCAGCAGAUGAUUAACGGCUUCUCCAUGCUGCGUUUAACCUCUUCAGUGUUUAGUCCCAUCUCUACCGUAAUGAAAACAGAAACAAGGGAAGAUGCUGGAUUGUAAAUCAGAGCUGUAAAGUGAAAGCAGGAAGAGGCUGAAAGGACUGACAUGAAAACUUUCUGGAUUCCAGCACAUGUGGAUUUGCCAUCCCCGCUAGCCUGUGCCCUGUCAUCACUGGACAUAACAAAAGUGCAGAUCAAGUGGUGUUAGUAAUAUGGACCAUUACCAGCCCCGCAGAAGCCUAUAUUGGUAUUUUUCUAUGUAAGCAAAUUAUUUGAAAUGCUUUGAAAAUGAAAUCUUAAUAUUAAAAGACAUAUGCAUGUAAAGUCUUCAGUAUAUUUAUUUGUAUAAAGAGUAAACAAAGUGCAUAUAGAGUGGCCACAGGUUUGACAAUAAACAGAGACCUUGAUGAUGUCGGGUUAUCAAACAAGUUUAAAUGGCAAGUUUAUUGUUGCCAUUCAAUCAAUUCUGAACACUUUUCCAGGCUAGAAAGGUGGAAAGUAAUGAUACUGAACAAAUGCUAGACAGCAUUAACAAAAAGUUUUUCAGACUCUUGGUCAGAAAGAGCUUUAUGGUUCACACUGAAUCAGAGACUAAACAUUUCUGAUUACCCAGCUACCUCCAAGCAAACCAAAAACUGUUCAGUGGAUCCUGAACUCCACAGUGCCUCUAGCUGGGCCUCUUCUUUCAAGUUUUGUGUCAUAGGUGAUGGUCAAAACAGUCAUCGACUCUUGGAGAUGGAAGGUAAGUUUCAAAACACUCUAAGAACAGUGCAAUGUACGUGGUAUAUGUUCUGACUGGUUGCGUACAGCAUCCAAAACCAAUGCUGGAACAGCUCGCCCCGAAGUGGUAGAGUUGUAAAAGGAUAUACACCGGCGUUUCUUUAAAGCACAUUUAAUAGCAUCCAGGUUCUUGGGAUCAAUCCUGAUUAAAGGUAUACUGCUUAGGAAGCACAGGCACACAGGCUUAGUUCUCAAGAGUUAAUGUCAUGCAGCAGAGUUAUCUAUUCCACGGCUGUCCCCUUGCACACAAACAGUUUUCUCAAAAAUGGGUACCGCAGGUCAUCCAAGGGGACAGGAGCUAAGCCACUGGAGAAAUGAUUCAAAGUUUAAUUCCUACUGGUGACAGGAAUACGCUUAUCUUUGUAUAGAAACAAUAAUAUGCUAACUGGUGUCUAAUAUUUCAAGAAUGCUUGGUCUAUCACUGUACAGAUACUGAAAUUUGAGGGCAUGUGAAAGUAUCCUAAGUUUGUCAAUCUUUAUCUUUAUGUGCCAGAAAAACAUUUCGGAUCAACUGACAGCUGGGAAAAGGCAAUAAUUUUGAGACAUUAUUUUGGUCCACUCCCUCUUGUUUUGAAAAAUUCCAUUUUGGCAGGUAAUUGUGAGUGAUGGUAAACUAGCCACACGGAAUGGUGAUACAUUCCUUCCGAAAGGAGGAGUGCUUACGUGUUUUCUACUAUUUUGAUUGUCACUGGAGUCACUGGUGCCAAGUUUGAAGAGGAAGUCCUUACACAUAUUAAGCACCACAGUGUUUUACCUUAUUCUACACAGAUUCACACUCAGGUACUUGCUGAGUGAGUUUUUAGACUAACAGAAACUUUGCCUAUUAAAAUUUUUUAUCUUUAAAUGGCUUGGGUAUUUGUUGCGGGGGGAGGAUCUGAUGAAAAACAAAAUUUAAAUGUUAUUCAUGCUUCUUAUUUUAAAAGUGCUUCAAAUCCUUCAAUAAGGUUCUGAAAAGUUGUCCGAUUGGAUGGUUGGAAUUCCCAGCAUUUUCUCAUAAGGUGAUAAACCUGUAAAAAGUGAAGGAAAAAAAAAAAAAAGUUAACUAAAAAUGUUGUUGGGUU